AUGCCUUCAGCAAUGCGCGAUACAAGAGAAAAUCCCUCGCUGCGCAAUAUCCUCAUAUCUGGCGGGACUGGAUUCGUGGGUUCCGCCAUCGCUCGAGCUGUCGCAGAACAACAUCCGAAGUGUACCAUCACCGUCCUAGACCGCGCUCCCCCCGAUGGUACGCACGAAUUACCCGACGACGUCGCAUUCAUCCAAGCAGAUGUCACUGUCCCUGAUACACUUUACAAUGUGCUUCAACAAGCCAGACCGGAAAUCGUCAUCCAUACAGCGGGUAUUGUUCCAGCUCUGAGCGAGCGGUUUGGUAGGAGGCUAGAACAGCUGGUGCGGAAGACCAACAUCGAAGGGACAAGGAACAUGUUGGAUGCGGCUAAACAAGCGGGUGUCAAGGGAGUUGUCUACACGAGUACUUGUUGCGUUGUGACGGAUGAUAUGAGCAUACCAUACGAGAACAUCGAUGAGCAAUGGCCGAUACCAUCGUCGUCGCUAAUCUAUGGAGAGUCCAAGGCCGCGGCAGAAAGAAUAGUUCUCGAAGCCAACAGCAACACAAUGGCCACCUGCUCCCUCCGACCCUCUGUGCUCUGCGGCCCUGGAGACCCUCAACUCCUCCCGCCCAUUCACACCUGCAUCUCCAAAUGGGAAACCCCAUUUAUAAUCGGAGACGGCUACAACCUGUGGGACGUCACCUACGUGACCAACGUAGGGGACGCACACGUCUUGGCAGCAGAGAACCUUAUCUCCUCACGGACCGCCGCUGGCGAGGCCUUUUUCAUCCAGAACAACGAGCCCAUUACCUUCCGCGACUUCUGCCUGGCCAUCUGGGCCCAGUUCGGCCACACCCCACCCUUUGAGAUCCACAUUCCCCGGUGCAUGGCGUAUGUAGCUGGUUGGGUAUGUGAGAUUUUGACCUGGGUGUCUGGGUCGUCGACGACCCUUAGCCGCGGGAGUGUGGGCGAUGCAUGUUCUGUCCGGUAUGCGAGCGGAGACAAGGCGAAGCGGAUCCUGGGAUACGAAGCUCGGGUGGGAAUGGAGGAGGCUGUUCGGUUGAGUUGUGAGGAUUAUGCGCGGCGAAAUGGAAUCGAAUUACCAGCGCCAGUGAGUGAUAAGAAGCAACAAUGA